AUGUCUGUUGCUAGCAAACCGGAAAGUUCAAGGUCGUCUGUUGCGCUACUGAUAUUUAAGGUGUAUCAAAGCAAUCGAUCACUUUUCUUGAAUGCAUCGUAUAUCAUUCUUAUAACAGCAGCAUUUACGGGCGCCACUAACACAUCACAGAAAAGAAAGGGUGAUGAGAGUGAGCACAAUGUAUCCCAGGAGAAGAAAAAAAAGAAAAAAUUAUCUAAGGAGUCUAUCAAGAGAUUGUUCAGAGCCUCUAUACCUUCGGUUACAGAUCAUGCAGUUCUCCAUUUAACAACUCAUAUUGUACUUUUGGUUAUCCGUGCUAUCAUCACUAUCGAAGUUGCUAGCUUAGAUGGUAAGUUGGUAGGAGCUUUGGUUUCUAAAAGGUUGAAAAAGUUUGGCCGAUUACUUGCUUAUUGGAUGAUCCUCGGUUUACCUGCAUCGCUAGUGAAUGCUCUGUUAGGGUGGUCAAAAAGUAAUUUAAGAAAAUGUUUAAGGAUCAAUAUAAAUAACAGCAUCAUUGAAGAUUACCUUCCGGAUAAUUUAGAUCCAAAUUACUACUCUUUGAUUCAGUUAUCCAAUAACGAAAUCAAAGACCCUGACCAAAGAAUUUCAACUGAUGUUUCUAGAUUGGCAUCCGCUUUAGCUAGCUUGCCAGGUCAAUUAUUGAAACCUACUUUAGAUCUUUUGUUAUGUGCUAGAGAAUUAAGCAAGAGUGGUGUUGGGAGUGGUGAGGGUACACUUGCGCUUGGUAUCUUGGCACACUUUUCAACUACCAUUUUAAGAUUCUUUUCGCCUCCUUUUGCUAAGCUCGCUUCUGAACGAGCCAAUUUAGAGGGGCAAUUAAGAUCCGCUCAUUCAAAGGUUGUUACUAACAAUGAAGAGAUAGCCUUUUUAAGGGGCCACCUUCGGGAAUUAGAUUAUCUUGAUUUUUGUUAUUAUCAACUAGAGAGGUUUUUAAAGAUGGAGUAUUGGAAGAAAGGGAUUCACGAAAUAGCUCAGACGUUUAUUGUUAAGUAUUUCUGGGGCGCUGCGGGCUUGGUAUUAUGCUCUGCGCCUGUAUUUAUUAACAAGUAUUUCGGUAGAGAGCAAGAUCCUUCUGCGUCGGCGGAUUUUAUCACAAAUAGAAGACUAUUAUUGAGUGCCUCCGACUCAUUGGAUAGAUUGAUAUACUCAAGGAAGUACCUAUUGCAAGUCGUUGGACAUGCAACUCGUGUUUCUGACUUCCAAGAUAUCUUGCACAGGAUAAAGGAAUCAAAAGCUGUCAAUGCUAACGGAAAAGGGAAUGUAAGCUAUGGCGAUGAGAUUACCUUCAAAGAUGUCGAAUUAAUAACCCCAGCAAAUGUUACAUUGAUUGAGAAGCUAAAUUUUAGCAUCAAGCAUGGUCAGCAUCUCUUGAUUGCAGGUCCCAACGGUUCAGGUAAGUCUUCACUUUUCAGGAUGUUAGGAGGAUUAUGGCCUUGUAAGUCGGGUGAAAUUAUCAUUCCCACAACAGAGAAUAUGUUUUACUUGCCUCAAAGAGCUUAUAUGUGUAAAGGGUCGUUGAGAGAACAAAUCAUAUACCCAGAUACUCUUGAGAGCUACAGGUCGAAAUACACUGACGACAAAAACUUGCUCGAUAUUUUGAAGUUAUUAAAAUUAGAUGAACUUGUUACUACUCCGGAAUCAUGGGACAACGCUAGAAAUUGGCUGGAAGAAUUGUCUGUGGGCGCCCAACAAAGGUUGGCGAUGGCACGGCUCUUUUAUCAUAAACCAAAGUUUGCUGUUUUGGAUGAAUGUACCUCAGCCGUUUCUCCGUCUAUGGAACAAUUCAUGUAUCAACACGCCCAAGGAUUAGGUAUUUCUUUGUUAUCUGUCGCUCAUAGACCGGCUCUAUGGCACUUUCACAACUUCUUAUUGAAGUUUGACGGAAAAGGCGGUUAUUUCUUUGGUGAGCUAGAUGCUACGAAAAGAUUGAAGUUCGAGGAAGAGAGAUUAGUUCUUGAAAAGAGCUUAAGAGAUGUUCCUACUUUGAGAGAUCGUCUAGCUGAAUUAAAGAAAGUGUCGAAUGCUCAACAUGUCAGGUACCAGACCAGCCAUAAGAAUCUUGUCGAAUUAGGUCAAGCUUGA